CACGACCAAACCACACGCACCACUGCUAGUAUAGCACAGACGACUAUGGCACCCGCCAAGUCCUCAAAGACUGCUGCACCCACAGGAAAAGACCUUCGCUCUUUCUUCGGUGGUGCUGGAGGAGGUAAAUCCGCAAUAACCAAAUCCGACCGCACAAUGAUGCCCGACAGUGAUGACAUUCCAUCGAAAAAGAGUCUCAAGCGAAAAAAUACAGUUGUUAUCUCGAGCGAUGAGGAGGACGAAUCCGUCGCGUCCCCGCCAAAGAAGAAAGUAGCUGUCGCUGCGAAGUCUGCACCGAAGGUAGUUGCCUCGGCCUCAACUUCGAAAGUGGCUGCACCAAAAGCAGUCGUGUCAGCAUCGGCUUCAAAAGCUACCGCAACGAAAGUAGCCGCGUCACCUUCGACCUCGAAAGCAACUAUAUCGACAAGCAAGACCAAGACGAACCGAAAGGCACCUGUCAAAUCCAAGAAAUCAAAGGACGACGAGUUCGUGGUGGACUCUUCCGAGGAGGAAGCGGAGGAGAGUGAAGACGACUAUGAGGACGAGGAAGAUGUCAAAUAUGAAAAGAAAAGUAACACUAAGCCGCCCCCAAAGUCAAAACCGCCCCCCAAGAAACCUCCCCCACAGAAAAAGGAAGCAGCUAAAGGACAGGCUAAAGAAGAGAACGCGGAACUGCCCACCAAACCCUUCAAUUGGGCUGCUGCAAAAGCCGCAAAAUUAGCUGGACCGUCUGCCCCUGGUUCGAAACAGGUCCCUGAGCCCAAGUCAUCCAACUGCCUCGAGGGCCUUGCCUUUGUCUUCACUGGCGAACUCAGCAGCUUCUCUAGAGACGAAGCAAUAGACUUGGCGAAGCGAUUUGGGGGGCGCGUCGUAGGGCAACCUUCAUCAAAAACAUCGUUUGUUGUCCUGGGUGACAAUGCUGGUCCUUCGAAACUAAACGCAAUCAAGAAGCACCAACUCAAGACGCUCUCCGAGGAUGAGUUCCUUGAUCUCAUAGCCACUCGCCAAGGACCAGGUGAUGGGAAGUUAGAUGAGAAGACUAAGAAGAAGAUGGCAAAGGAACAGGAAACGAUCAAACAGGCUGCAAAGGAACUCGAGCGGAGGGAGAAACAAGCGUCGAAGGACGCUGGCGAAUCUAGUAGCUCCAAAGUUGAUGUCUCCAACCAGCUGUGGACAACGAGAUACGCUCCUCAAUCAUUAAAGGAGAUCUGUGGCAACAAAGGACAGGUGGAAAAACUACAGCAAUGGCUUCACGACUGGUCGGACAGCCUGAAGUGUGGUUUCAAAAAACCGGGGAAAAAUGCUAUGAAUGUCUACCGUGCAGUGAUGAUUACUGGCCCACCUGGUAUAGGCAAGACUACCAGUGCCCAUCUUUGUGCGAAGCUCGAAGGGUUCACGCCUAUUGAGCUUAAUGCAAGCGACGCGCGUAGCAAAAAGCUAGUCGAGAGUGGCAUGAACAUCAGCAAUCUGUCGUUAGACGGGUGGAUGGGUGGAAGCAAUGCUACAAACGCAGCAGGAGUCAGAGUCACCGACAAGACGUGUCUCAUUAUGGACGAAGUCGACGGCAUGUCCGCUGGUGACAGGGGUGGCGUUGGCGCUCUCAGUGCCUUGAUCAAGAAGACGAAAAUCCCUAUUAUCUGUAUUGCUAACGAUAGAGGCGCCCAGAAGCUGAAGCCACUCGUUGCAAAUACUUUUGGCAUGACAUUUCGGCGACCUGAGGCUCAAUCUGUCCGAUCACGCAUAAUGACGAUCGCGUACAAGGAGAAUAUGAAAAUUCCUGCCAACGUCAUCGAUCAGCUUAUCACUGGCUCUCAGUCAGAUAUUCGACAAGUUUUGAAUAUGUUGUCGACAUGGCGACUAUCCAGUAGUAGCAUGGACUUUGACGAGGCGAAGAAUCUUGCAAAGAUCAACGAAAAGUACACUAUUUUGACACCGUUCGACGUGACGUACAAAAUUCUUGGUCCGUAUGCGUUUGGGCCGAACGUUCGAGAGACACUGGGCGACAAGAUGGAAUUGUACUUCCACGACCAUUCUUUCGUCCCGCUUUUCAUCCAGGAAAAUUAUUUGAAGACUCAACCUGUCAAGGUUCGGAACCUCGAAGGGCCUCCAAAGAUGUUGAAGCAACUCGAGUUGAUGGAUCAAGCCGCAUCUUCUAUAUCUGACGCCGAUCUCGUCGAUGCCCUGAUUCAUGGGCCGGAGCAACACUGGUCAUUGAUGCCAUUGCAUGCGGUAUGUUCAAUGGUGCGGCCCGCUUCAUUCUUGUUUGGUCCAGGCGGCGGAUACGGCGGCCAAAACCCAAUGACAUUCCCUCAGUGGCUAGGACAAAAUUCGAAACAGAUCAAGCUCAAUCGACAACUAGGAGAUGUGCAGGUUCGAAUGCGACUCAAAGUCUCUGGGGACAAGCACGAGAUCCGACAGUCGUAUAUCCCUGCACUGUUCCCUCACGUUGUUAAGCCACUGAUAGAUCAGGGUGCUGCUGCUGUCGACGACGUCAUUGAACGGAUGGACGAGUAUUACCUUUCUCGUGAGGAUUGGGACACGGUCAUUGAGCUUGGCGUGGACACUCAGAAAGACGAUGUCGUUAACAAGCUCAUCAAACCUGCGACCAAGACAUCGUUUACGAAGAAGUAUAACAGCACGGAUCAUCCAAUACCCUUCCACAAAGCAACGGACCUCGGGAAAGUCCCCAAGAAACUUUCAGGAGGUCCAGCGCCCGAUCUAGAAGACGUUUUCGAUUUGGAUGAUGAAGUCGUUGAUGUGUCUGAUGAUGAGAAGAAGAAAGUAAAGGAUGAGGAUGAGGUUGCUGCUGAUAAGUUGUUCCAGGCUAGUAAGCCAAAGACACAGAAGACUAAGACGAGGACGGUCAAAGGGAAGAAGGUCCAGAAUUUUAUGUGAUUUAUUUAAUUUUCACCAUGGACAUUACUCUUCACUUCGUUAUGACUGCGCGGGCGACGUAGCAACUAUGUUGUCAAGAGCCAAUUAUAUUUCAUAUCCACCAGGGUUAUUCGACUUGUUCAAGGGUAAGAAUUGCAUAAGUACUUUCUAUGAGUGUAAUAGACACUAUAUCAACAUGUAAUAGGCUAUAACAUGACACUGACACAUUGCAUAAA